AGCUCACUGGUCGGCGGCAGUUCCCUUGAUGAGAGCUCCUAAAGAGCUUUGUUGGGGCAUUGAUGAUGACGACGACGAUGAAUGAAGUUAGGAAAAGAAUUGACCCAAGCGGAGAAAGCAUGUCUUCUAUUUGGAGGAAGAACCAUAAAGUCCAAAAAGCAAGCAGGUAAAACGAUGUUUCAAGAGAGGCGGCUCGCAGUUUCAAGCCCUUUGACACUCUGGGAGCAAUACAAGCAUCUUAUAGGCAUGGAGAAGCUGAACUCUCAGCUAUAUUUACAGAACUGUCACAUAAUCAAAGAAAAUGAAAGGCUAAGGAAAAAGGCUCAACGGCUCAACCAGGAGAACCAGGCCCUAUUAUCCGAACUGAAGCAGAAACUCAACAAAGCCAAGUCCAACCCCAAGCCCAAAUCAGAACACAACAUUUGCUCCACUUCCACUUCAAGCCCAAUGAAUUCCAACAAUUUCUAAUCACAUGAUUAACAAGACCCAAUGUGAGGGUUUUGUGCAAAAUAUACAAAUCUUUUCUCUGAUAUAAAGCACUCCCUCCGUUCUAAAAUGGUAGUACUCUACAAAAAAAACGUGCAAUUUUCGGAUAAAAAAGUAAAGUACUUUUCUUCUCACAAAAUUAAAGAUCUAGAUUAGUUCUUCAAUUUGGGGCAAAAAUUGUACGUAUUUUCACGGGGGACUAUCAUUUUGGGACGG